CUGCAGCCGCUGCGACAGGGAGCCGCUCCAGAUCUGCUGUCCACGCCAGAAGGUCGGAGGUCAGUGAAGGCAGAGGAACCGGUGGGAUCGAGAUGAUGUCCAUGCAAAUGAGCGAGGCGGACAGCGUGGUGAAGGUGGCCGAGUGGCAGCAGACCUACUACGCCUCCGACUCGGGGAUCCAGUCCGGGGCCACCACGGUGCGGGACGACGAGAGCAGCGAGUACAGCGGCGGCAAGAAGUACGCCGGCAGCACCGCGGCCAGCUCCGCCGCCGCCGCCGCCGGGCCCGCCGCGGCCGGGGGCGGCGGGGACCGGGACCGGGACCGGGGGGCCGGCGGGGCUGAGAGCCCCACAGAUUUAGAGGACCAGUACUCACUAACCCGGGCUCAGCGUGUCAGGGCCGCCAUGUUUCCAGAGACGCUGGUGGAGGGGGAGGCGGCCAUGCCCGUCCAGUCGGACCCGUCGCAGCAGAGCAACGUGCAGCGGCUGGCCGAACCCUCCCAGCUGCUGAAGACCGCCAUCGUGCACCUCAUCAACUACCAGGACGACGCCGAGCUGGCCACCAGGGCGGUGCCAGAGCUCACCAAGCUGCUGGCCGACGACGACCCGGUGGUGGUGAACAAGGCGGCCAUGAUCGUCAACCAGCUGACCCGGAAGGAGGCCAGCCGCCGCGUGCUGGUGCAGUCGCCGGCCAUGGUGGGGGCCGUGGUGCGCGCCAUGACCACGGCGGCGGACAUGGAGACGGCCCGCUGCACGGCCAGCGUCCUCCACAGCCUGUCGCACCAGAGGGAGGGGCUGCACGCCAUCUUCAAGUCCGGCGGGAUCCCGGCGCUGGUCCGCAUGCUCAGCUCGCCGGUGGAGUCGGUCUUAUUUUACGCCAUCACCACUCUGCACAACCUGCUGCUGCAUCAGGAGGGAGCCAAGAUGGCCGUGCGCCUGGCCGACGGCCUGCAGAGGAUGGUUCCCCUGCUGAAGAAGAGCAACCCCAAGUUCCUGGCCAUCACCACGGACUGCCUGCAGCUGCUGUCCUACGGAAACCAGGAGAGCAAGCUGAUCAUCCUGGCCAACGGGGGACCAGAGGGUCUGGUUUUCAUCAUGCGGAACUACAACUACGAGAAGCUGCUGUGGACCACCAGCCGCGUUCUCAAAGUGCUCUCCGUCUGUCCCAGCAACAAGCCGGCCAUCGUGGAGGCUGGGGGGAUGCAGGCUCUGGGCCAACACCUGACAGGAUCCAGCCAGCGUCUGAUCCAGAACUGUCUGUGGACGCUUCGCAACCUGUCCGACGCUGCAACCAAACAGGAGGGUCUGGACGGCCUGCUGCAGAUCCUGGUCACCCAGCUGGGCUCGGACGACGUCAACAUGCUCACCUGCGCCACCGGCAUCCUGUCCAACCUCACCUGCAACAACUCCCGCAACAAGACUCUGGUGACUCAGUUCGGAGGGGUGGAGGCGCUGAUCCACGCCGUGCUCCGCGCCGGAGAGAAGGAGGACGUGGCCGAGCCGGCGGUGUGCGCCCUGCGCCACCUCACCUCCCGCCACCAGGACGCCGAGCUGGCCCAGAAUGCCGUGCGGCUGCACUACGGUAUUCCUGCUGUGGUGAAGCUGCUGGGACAGCCGCACUACUGGCCUGUGGUGAAGGCCACGGUGGGCCUGAUCCGGAACCUGGCGCUCUGCCCGGCCAAUCAGGCGCCGCUCAGGGAGGCGGGCGCCAUCCCACGGCUGGUCAACCUGCUGCUGAAGGCUCACCAGGACACGCAGAGACACGCCUCGUCUGCACAGCAGACGUACCAGGACGGCGUUCGGAUGGAGGAGAUCGUGGAGGGCUGCACGGGGGCUCUGCACAUCCUGGCCAGAGACCCCAUCAACAGAGGAGAGAUCGCCAGCAUGCAGACCAUCCCUCUGUGUGUGCAGCUGCUCUACUCGUACGUGGAGAACGUGAAGCGGGUGUCCGCCGGCGUCCUGUGCGAGCUGGCCCUGGACAAACAGUCUGCGGAGCUCAUCGACGCCGAGGGAGCCUCGGCGCCGCUCAUGGAGCUGCUGCACUCCAACAACGAGGGGAUCGCCACCUACGCAGCGGCGGUGCUGUUCAGGAUCUCCGAGGACAAGAGCUCAGACUACAGGAAGCGGGUGUCGGUGGAGCUCACACACUCCCUGUUCAAGCACGACCCGGCGGCCUGGGAGAUGGCUCACUCCGCUGUUCCCCUGGAGCCCACGUACCUGGCCGACGAGCUGGACGGGUCGUAUCCCGCCUACGGCUACGCCGAUCUGCCUCUGGACACGCUGCCUCUAGACCCCGACCUCCAUGAGCCCUACAUUCCCGACAUGACCUACGACCCCCGACAGGCCUACCCCGAGCCGCUCUAACAGGGAAGGAACUGGUAACAGUGAAAGAGACCAUGAGAAAAUCCCAGAGAAAGAGAGACUGGAGGGCUGGAUAGAGGAUGAGGACCGGAGCUCACCGUCGGAAUCGGAUCCCUCCACCGACGGGGAAUCGGUUCCAUUUGGGCAAUCAAGAACUGUGACGAGAGGUUGCUUACAAAAAAACAAAACAAAAAAACAAAAAAAGAGGUUUAUUGUCGCUGUAAAUUAAAAAAUGUGACUUUGUUAUAUUGUUUUACUGUGGGGUAAAAGCAGGGGAUGUGGGGGGGUCUGAUCAACCGAGGCAUCUUUACACGGGUAACUUUUUGAAGCAAUCAGAUGAGGUGAGAAUGCCUUAGACACCGACAGGAGCCAUGCCCCAGGAGUCCGCCGAGAACCCCACCAAAUGUUUUUCCAUUCCAUCUUUAAAGAUUCAGAAAGAAAAACUGCACAAAACUCCAGUUCUCUGCGAUGUGACGUCAGCGAUGCAAAGUCUGCCUCCUCUUUAGAUUCAUUUAGUUUUUUAAUCCCAGUGAGGAAAAAUGAUCGUUUAAAAAAAAAAAAAAAAACCCAGAAAAGUCAUUCCUGAAUUCACUGAAGCGCUGAGGAAAGUGAUGUGUCCCGAAUCGGCAGCAUUGCUACCAAAUGCUACCCGUGUAUCGCGGCCGCCGCUGCCGUCUUCUCGAUGUCUCCUCUGUGUGUUUGAACAGUGCACAUGUCCCAGGGUGUCCACGUGUGGUCGUUGCAUGGUAGUAUAUUGUGUACUCAUUGAAAUAGUCCUCACCUUCACAUACCAAGAAGAAGAAGAAGAAGAAGAAGAAGAAAAAAGAAUCUGGAUUUUACAAGCCAUUUUUGGAUCGUGUCAGCCAUUUUGGAUCUGAACUGGACUACAAAUCCCAACGUGGCGCUCUCGCUGGUGGGAACUUCUCAAACGUUGGCAGGAAAUGACUUGUCCAAGCUGCUGGUCUGUCCAGCAGGGGACUGCGAACCCGUGGUUUUUGGUUUGGUUUGUUCCUCAGCCGUAGCCAGGCGGUCCUGACGGCCUCCUGUGGAAGCGGACCACAGGUUUAACCCACGAGGCUCGUUCUGCUCAUUUCAGCCACGGUGCGUUCGAGUGGUCAGAAGGACUGAGGGGGUCAGAGCCGCUUCAACACGUGUUUAUUUGACCUGCUGUAUUUCCCAUCAAGGUUCAAAGGUCAUGCUAACUGGUCCCUUCUUCUUUGUAAGAAGGACGUUUAUUUAAAGGUGCAGUAUGUAAAAUUUAAGUGGCCGACGGGGGUCAGUUUUUUUAGACUUUUUCUCAGCAUUUCACUCCUUUCAGUUGUCGUCAUUUUUCACACUGGACUAGACUGGACGCUCAGCUCGCUAACCUGGAGCUCAAAACACGGACAUCAGUGGACUGACGUCAGUUUUAUGUGAUACGAUCAUUUAAUGGUCUUAAAACUACAUACUGUGCCUUUAAAAGUGAGUCCAACAACAUCAAUUAAAGCACAAAACAUGGAGGAUGCCCGACAGGUUAAGCUAAUGUAGCUCAGGAAAUCGAAAGAGAAGUACUUAUUGAGACCAGAACACUUUCAUUCUUGGAUUAUACCGAAGUAUUGAAGCUGAUCAAUCCUCACAAUCAAUCAAGAAAUAGUGUUUUAUCUUAUUAAAAUCAUAUUUUUACGCUCAGCCUUUCGUCCAGUUAGCUAACAUAGCGCUGACGGAGUUCCAAGUAACCCCAACACUUCUCUCUGUUUUCUUUUUAAAUUGAAAUGACUCCUGUUUGAGCUUCAUUUUGCACACUGCAUGUCCUCGGUUUUCUGUUCUGGACGUUCUGCUGCUGUCAGAGAAACCGGAGAGUCGUCUGCGUACGUCAGCUGGAAGAAGCAGCUUCGGUCAUUUAAAUCCUGUUUUUUCUUCUUACCGUCCCGUUUAAAAUGCAUCGCUCUUUCUUUUGUAAUAAUUGAAUUCAGGCUGGAGUGAAGGUAGCGAGGCCAAAGUUAGCGUGAACUUUAGAGUUCCUCCCAUGACAGAUACAGCAGGUUGACGGUCCUGGAGCAGGACGGACGGACGGCCGGACCUCUGCGGAUCAUGUUGCAGAAGCAAACGGACGGAGCAGCCGCCGCCGGCGGUGUUCAGAAAGCACAAUGACUUCAAUGAAUCAGCUGCUGAGGCGACCUGCUGCAGCCACACUGUUCCUAAACCUCACUGAGUCAUUAAAAAAUGGUAUUUUCAA